AUGACCCGACAGGACAGCGAUCCCAUCGUACUUCACCGUCGGAGCAGCUUAGUUGACGUGACGAAGGUGGUCGUCAGCAAGAACCACCGCGAACGUCUUAAAGUCUCUGCGAAAGAGCCCCCACGAAAAGUUAUUCCGACACGUUUCCUCUUCGAUGGAACGCGGUUUCAACGUGCUUCUCGAUGUGAAUACUGCAACCUUGCGGGUGGAGAGCUGGAGUGCGCAACGUGCAACGUCGUGGCUCAUCCCCGCUGUUAUUUGGCAGCUUACGAUCAAGAGGACAGAAAGUCAAAACUUACAUUUGUUGUUCCGCAUACAGCCACGACAAACUCCUCUUUUUCGUCCUGGCUGUGUUCUCAUUGUCAGUCCGAGUUGAAGAUCGAGUAUGACGAGAGAUCAGCAGAAACUCGAGCUGCUCAUUUAGCUGCUAAACGACAAGUUCUGUCCAAUGCUCUCACGGCUUACGUACGUAUGAUGAAGGACGCUACCUCGUUUGCUGACAAGAAAGCUGCGAUUAUCCGGAUUCAAGCAUCACUGCGAGGACGACAAGCUCGUCAGCGUUUUGAGCGAUUACAGCGAAUGCGGUUGAAGCCGUAUGCCAUCGAUGCACUGCGCAUACGUGCAAUUAUCCCGUCUGGUAGUGGGACUCCGUUGGACGGUCCUGGCUUGGGUAUUAACAUGUCCUCUUCUCUUGAGGAACUGCGUCUAAGCAACGGGUUCUCGUGUAAUCCGUUCUUGUAUGUGACGGUAGUGUCUGGGACUGACCAAGACACGCAGCUCUUUUGUUUCGAGACAAGCGUCCGAAAGCCUGCGGCUCCCAACGGAAUAGAGCUCGAUAUUGUGUGGCCGGAGAAAAUGUUCGUUCCGGGGGCCGACGGGUAUGCCACAUUUUGUUUUACUCUGCUCAGUAAGAACGGACCCAACACGUUUUUCCUUGGUCAAGCAGUGUUGCGACUAUCCGAAACUGGAGAUUGUUGGCGCUCUGGUCUGGCGACGGAGCUGGAAUUGAUGGGUCAUGCCGAGAUCUUCCCAAAGACCGCCCAACACCAGCCUCUUCCACUCGCCGACGCUCGAGGGAACGCCCCAAAGUCCAUCGACCACGGCGAAGAGAAAUUUGAGGUAUCAGAACGCUUCAAGGGGAGGCCUCGUUGGCUUGUUAGCGUUCACAGUCGACCGUUUAGCGAACAGCAUUCCAUCUGCGGUUACCUCAAUAUGAAGUCGACACUUGAGAGUUUCCACACUAGCACCCGCUGGUGUGUUUUAGCCGAUGGGAUUCUCCGAAUCUAUCGCCACUUUGGCGUGACUUUAGCGUCCGAAGUGGUGGAUAUGGCACAUGCCACGGAUAUUCGUGUUGUGCCGAUCAAGUCGUCAGUUCAUCGAGUCAACAAGGCUAACAAACUCAACUUGACGUUGCAUCACGGUGGAGAUGAAGGAGCAAGCACGCACCCUCGCCACGCAAAGCACUGCUGCUUGGCCAUUCACCACCUAAGUCGGUUUUACUUGUUCCAAUGCGAGCAUAAAGUCCAGCUUCGACAGUGGCUGAAAAAACUUCAAGGCGCACAAAAGUUUAACUCCCAUUCUAGCCAGCCACACUCAACGUUGGCUUGCACGUCUGCAAUCUAG